AUCUAUUCCGAAAUGCUACUGAAGGAAAACUUCAAACGUUUAAUGAUUGAUUGAUUGAAUAUCCUUUGUUUUUGCAACGUUGCAUGACAGUCCUGUUGAAUAGCAAUUUUCAUCACGCUUCAGUGAUAUCAAACAUGGCGUCGUUGUUUGCCACGGUUUAUAAUUCUCUCAGUUUUGCAAAUGUUCUUCUGGUGUUGCUUCUGCUUCUACUUUUGCAUUACGUGAUUGUACUCUACGAGUUCAGGGACAUGCCACCGGGUCCGCGUUUGACGGCUAUCCCUUUCUUAGGGAACGCAUUUUCUCUCGACUUCAAGGCGGAGAAACUUACCGACGCUUUCAAAAGCCUCAGAGAAAACUACGGCCGAGUUUUCUCCUUGAAAAUGGGAAGUUACAAGUUCGUGAUGGCUUCAACUCCUGAGGCCGUUAAGGAAAUGCUCGUACAGAAAUCUGCUGAUUAUGCUGGAAGACAGCAGACAUACUUCUUCCAGCAGGCAACUCUUGGAGGUAAAGAUAUCGCUUUGGGUAACUAUGGGCCCGCCUGGAAGUUUCAUCGGAAGCUCUUUACAACAGCCUUACGCCAAUAUCUCUCUGAUAUGGCUCUUGUGGAAAGGCGAGUCUCUACACAGGCCGAGAAAUUAAUGCAUUUCAUGGAAGAGCAAAAUGGAAAGCCUUUUGAUCCCGCAGAUAUCUUGCAGCGUGCCGUUGCUGAUGUCAUUUGUGGAAUCACGUUUGGAGAAGGCUACGAUACAACGAACCCAGAUUUGAACAAGCUUUUGAAACUAAACGUAGACUUUGUUGCAAAUACUGAUGAUGCUCAGCUGGUAACCGUUUUAGACUACUUUCCUUUAUCAAAGUACCUGCCGCUUAAGGCUUAUGAUCGCCUCCUCCAGCCAGUGCUAGGGAUUUUUGAUAUUAUUCGCAGAUUCUUAAGAGAGCGAAAAGAAACUUUCGACCCAGAAGAACCUGUGCAUGAUUUGAUCUCGGGUCUCUUGCACGCGAAACAUGAAGCCGAGUGCGAGAGUAAUCAGGAGCGAGCAGCUUUUCUUUCCGAUGACUACUUGGUCAAUACUAUCGAAGACAUGUUUUCUGGCGGCUACGAAACCACAAGCACAACAAUGAAAUGGGCGAUAGCCUUCUUGGUCAACUACCCAAAGUACCAACAGGAUAUUCAGCUCGAGUUAGAUGAAGUACUUGGUGGACGGAAUCCCGGUUUGGAUGACCGAGCGAACCUGCCCCUCAUUCACGCGACCAUCAUGGAAACGCUACGAGUUGGAAACGUGGCGCCUCUUGCGAUACCUCACUUCACCCUUACAGAUACUACACUUUGUGGUUACCGCGUUCCCAAAGAUACCAUCGUGUUUGCUGACACGGAAUCUGUUCAUCUGGAUCCCAAAUGCUGGGAAAAUCCAACCAUGUUUGACCCUUACCGUCAUAUCGACGAGAAUGGUAAGUUAAUCACCAACCAAGGCAAUUUCUACCCUUUUGGAGCGGGACGCCGUGUCUGUGCUGGUGAGCCCCUGGCCAAAGUUGAGUUGUUUUUGUUUCUCUCGUGGAUGCUUCAGAAGUUCACUUUCAUCGCUGAGGAAGAUGGUAGUCCGCCAAGCUUGAAGGGAUUGUUUAGUGGCACACAGUUUCCUGUUCCUUACAAGAUACGUGCAAUCAAACGGAAGUGAUCUGAGAUUGUUACUCGGACGGUAGUUUUAAGGAAAACGUAAAUGUUUAGGUAGAAAUGUUUACUGCAACUGUAGAAGAGCUAUUUUAUUUAGCUGACGGUGUCUUUUUAAAUAGUUUGGGUAUUUUAUUUGCUCAUUUGCGCAUUUUCUAGUAGAUAUACUUUGAUGCAUUACUUGCACUCUUUAUCAGUUAUCCUACAAUAAUGGUAUUAAACGAAAACCUAAUCCAUGGUGAGCCCGGCUUGAUGAUUUACUUGACAUAACAGGUAAUCAUAGCAAUGGGAUAAUGUGUCAAAAACACCUUUAUGUUAGCUUUAAGUGCUAACUGUGGCUAAUUGUGGAGGAACUAAAAUAAAAUAGUUUUUGUAGUUUGUCGAUAAUAGAUUUUAAGAGGGCUUGGGUAAGAGGUCGGACGCUUGUCACUCACUCUUUGUCCCAACAGGGUAAAAAUUAUACGAUUGUUUUGAGUAGAAGCUAUCGAAAGCUUUACUUCAAAAUGUCCCUUGAUGUCUUGACUUUGUUUUGGCUUUGUCUCACUUCCCUUUGUCACCCCUUGGUUAAGGCAAAUUACACUAAAAUCUGUUCUGACGUAAGAGUAUACCAUACUAAUUUAUUGAAUUUUUCAUGACAACAUCCAGAAAGUACUCUUUAACCAGAAUGGUGGUGUUAGCCAACCAAAUUCUUACUAGGAGUUUAGUUUCUGCAGCAG